AGAAAUCAGAACGGGAGGAGGGGGAGAAAGAGAGGGAGAGACUGUGGGCUGCUGCCUCUGCUGUGUGGGUUUCUUUACUCUCUCCCUGGCAGGCUGGGUGCCGGCUUUCCCUCGCCUGCCCUCCCGCCCGCUGCUGCCUGGGAAAGUGGGUUACGGAGCUCAGUUCAGACACUGGCAAAGGAGCAUCCAGCCACAGAAACCAGAGAAGAGCACCUUCCUCUUGCAGCCGUCUGAAGCUCAUUUUUUUCAAGAGGGUUUUAUAUUUGUACUCUCUUUCAAAAUUUUUUUCCUUGACUUCCUCCACCUCUUCUGCUUUUUUUUUUUUUUUUUUUUUAAGGCUUUGUCAAGUCUGAGAGGGGUGAAAAGACUGAGCCAGGGAAAGAGAGAGGCAAAGUGAAAAGGACCCCAAACUGGCAAACCUCGCUCUGCCUUUGCUGUGGAUAAAAAUCCUCUGUUUGUAAAACCUUCUCCGUGCGAGCUGUACACACACACGCACACGCACACGCAUACGUACACGCACACACACAAACACACACACACACCCUCCAGAGUCCCUGCAAGCGACCCGCAUCUCAUCUCCGCGUGGCCACCAUGGUCGGCAGAGUUCAGCCUGAUCGGAAACAGUUGCCGCUGGUCCUACUGAGAUUGCUCUGCCUUCUUCCCACAGGACUGCCUGUUCGCAGUGUGGAUUUUAACCGAGGCACGGACAACAUCACCGUGAGACAGGGGGACACGGCCAUCCUCAGGUGUGUUGUAGAAGACAAGAACUCAAAGGUGGCCUGGUUGAAUCGUUCUGGCAUCAUCUUUGCUGGGCACGACAAGUGGUCUCUGGAUCCUCGAGUUGAGCUGGAGAAACGUCAUUCUCUGGAAUACAGCCUCCGAAUCCAGAAGGUGGAUGUCUAUGAUGAGGGCUCCUACACUUGCUCAGUUCAGACACAGCAUGAGCCCAAGACCUCCCAAGUUUACUUGAUUGUGCAAGUUCCACCAAAGAUCUCCAACAUCUCCUCAGAUGUCACUGUGAAUGAAGGCAGCAAUGUGACCCUGGUAUGCAUGGCUAAUGGCCGUCCUGAACCUGUUAUCACCUGGAGACACCUUACACCAACAGGAAGAGAAUUUGAAGGAGAAGAAGAAUAUCUAGAGAUCCUCGGCAUCACCAGGGAGCAAUCAGGCAAAUAUGAGUGCAAAGCGGCCAAUGAAGUCUCCUCAGCGGAUGUCAAACAAGUCAAGGUCACUGUGAACUAUCCUCCCACUAUCACUGAAUCCAAGAGUAAUGAAGCCACCACUGGGCGACAAGCUUCACUCAAAUGUGAGGCCUCAGCAGUGCCUGCCCCUGACUUUGAGUGGUACCGUGAUGACACUAGGAUAAACAGUGCCAAUGGCCUUGAGAUUAAGAGCACGGAGGGCCAGUCUUCCCUAACGGUGACCAAUGUCACUGAAGAGCACUAUGGCAACUAUACCUGCGUGGCUGCCAACAAGCUGGGGGUCACCAAUGCCAGCCUAGUCCUUUUCAAGCGUGUUUUACCCACAAUCCCCCACCCCAUUCAAGAAAUUGGCACCACCGUGCACUUCAAGCAGAAAGGACCUGGAUCGGUGAGAGGGAUAAAUGGAUCCAUCAGUCUGGCCGUACCACUGUGGCUGCUGGCAGCAUCUCUGCUCUGCCUUCUCAGCAAAUGUUAAUAGAAUAAAAUUUUAAAAGAAUUUUAAACACACACAAAAUGCGUCACACAGGAUACAGAGAGAUUAAGAGAGCGAGAUGGGGGAGAGUGCUUAUUUCACAACUUUGUUUAUAAAUGAAGGGGAGGAUAAGAGAAAGAAAAGUGGAGAAAAAUCCAACUUGUAAAACACUUUUAAAUCCCAUCAAAAAUUUUUGAGUUUAAUUCAGGGUGGAAAAAGUUCUACCAGAGUAUUUGUGUAACUAAGCAAAAAUAUGCUUUGUAAAGACUACACCAUGCUAAGAAUAUCCAGAUGUUGUAUAAAUAAGACAAAUCAAGAGCUACUGGUUGGAUAUUGACCACUCCCCCCCCCCCACACACACACACACUUUAUCCUUCCUUCAUCUUUUUUUCAUCUGUGGGGAAAGAAAAAUAAGGUCUUGCCUUUGGUUUUUUUAUUUCCAUCAUAUUUCUACUCUGAUUUUUUUUUUUCCAUUUGAGCUGACUUGCAGCCAUUCAGACUAUCAAUGGAAUCCAUGCAAGAGUCCUGAGUUGAAUCUUUAUCUGACUUUUUCUGCCUCCACUAUCUUUUCAACUUUUAAGAUGGCCUCCUCCCCUCCCGGUGUGUUCUAGCUCCCUCACACCCAUCCUUGAUGUUCCGUUUCUCUCCCUCCACCACUGCAACUUCUCUUCACCCCCACCACCGCACUGAGCACUAGUCAUGCCGCAAAUGCUAGGAAGUGCCAUUUUAAUUUUCUCCACUGUGUGCGCGUGCUGUCUCUCGCUCUCACGUGGGUGUACAUGUGUGUGAGCGUGUGUGUCUCUCUCUCUAAAGCAUGCCAAGGGAAUGGUCCAUGUGUACAUAGACUCAUUGUGCUGUAGAUACUGUCCCGCAUUGUAAUUGUGAGAUGCGGCUGUGACAAGUUGCUGGGGAAGAUGGUGGGGAAGGAGGCAAGGAGCAGAGUCCCUCCCUCAUCCAUGGCUGUCACAUGACAUCGAUAUGUAUUCAAACCAAGUGAUGCCCCUUUCUAAGGGCAGAACCUCAUAUUCCUCCUAGUCCAAUCAUCUGAACCCAGUGGAGAAUCACUCAGAAUAUCACUGUAAAUGAAAGUGCCUACUAUUGAUGGGGUGAGGAAAGAGUAGAACAAAUCAGUGACGUGGAUGAGGUGACCUAGGAGAGAAAGUUUCUAAUUUCAUUCUUGUUUUCAAAGGGAUUCAUAUAGUUCCUGGCUUUUUGCAGGCUUGGUCCUGCUCUGCUGCCAGAAUGAGUAGCAUAUGUUGAGUAAACUCCCCAGAAGCAGGAAAAUCUCCAAGUGUCAAUUCCCAAUAAAGGGAUGUUGAGUCACAUGGAGAUGUCAAGCACCCCAGUUUUGUCCCCCUCCCCAGUCUCAUAUAACACUGAAUUUGCUCCUUGGAUUCCCUUGAGCAGAGAUGGUUUCCUAUUUCAGAUAAAAUACUGUGGCAGUGAGAAAGAAAGAAAAGGUAAACAGCUGCCUCAGCCCCUACUCAUAUUGUAGAGAUACUGUCAGAGCUCUAGUACAAAGCAUUGGCCACAACAAAAUGGAAUCCACUUCUUGUGCUCCUCUGCAGAUUUUUGUCCUACUGUUCUAGGCUAAGAUUUGAUUUGGUUGCCAGCAUCAUCUCCUUUCUGUUCUAUUGAUGUCAUUUGCAGAAACUUUUGUUCAUAGGAUUUCAUUAUUAUAGACCAGGCUAUUAGGAAUGACAUUUUUACCUUCCUUUCUUGGUUUUGGUUUCUAGUCUCCUGAAAAUACUCACUGGGUGAUAUGGAGUUGAAGUCUAUAUCUACAAGAAUCAGCUUGAUAGUAACUCUGAAAUGUGAGCUGGUUCCUUAGCCAGAAAAGCUGAGAAACUUGUGUUAGACUAGCAGAAAUUAUAUCCAUACCAUAGAGCUUGGUGUCAUCACAGCAUCAAAAAGAUUUCUGUAGAAAAGACUAUGAAGAAAGAGUUGCCCCUCUUUCUGUAGAGAGCUUUCUCAGGAAACCAACCAUUGUUUUCACCAAGACUGUAAGAGACAUUAUAAAUGGCUCGAUUUAUUAAAGGACUAGAGAUUAUCAUUGAGAUUAAAACUGAAUGUUUCAGUAGAGCAAAAUAUAUGGUGUCACACCAAGCAUGCAAUCUGGAAUAGGGCCGCCACAAAAUAUGAAACAAUGAACUUCUAAACUGCAAAUUGAAAAAGCAAGGAAGAGAAAAAUCAAGGGGAAAAGAGAAAGAGAAAGAAAGAACUGAAGUUCCCCUUGAUAGAUUUUAUUAAUUAAAGGCUUUAUGCAAUGUGUCAGAUCUUUGAUGCUAAUGAGAUUCUUGAAAAGCAGUAAUUUUAAUCUCUCCUAGGAAAAUAUUUUCGCUUAGAAGCUUAUCAUCAGCCUUCUUUAUUAUGUACAGUUUAGACAUGAGACAGAAGGGCAGGACUUGAGCAUGGAUAAGAAUAUUUGUGUCAGGACCUUGCAUAAGAAAGAAAGUAUUAUUUAAGAAGGUGGUGUCUAAAAAUAUUGGGAAGGUAGUAUAGAGCCAUAAUUCUUUGCAGCACCAAUUUAUUGACAAUCAAGAGUUUCAUUGACAGUUUGGUCUCCUUAGUAAAGAAAGAAAAAACUUAUCCCUGAUAAUGAAUAUUUCCUAAAUACUGAAAAUUCAGCCAAGUCUCUAAAUGGAAGCUUUUUUAAAGACAUAUAGGAGAAAGUAAUAUCUAUUACUCAGAUUACUAUCAGUUUUAGAAACUUAUCCCUGUUGCAUGCCAGAUUCCAAUUAUAGAAUCAGUUUCUUAUUGUCUCCACAUAAGGAUAAGGUCUUACCUUUGUAGAAGGAUAUUCUCCACUCAAAGGAAUAUCAUUGCUGUGUCAGUACCACUUGUUCCCUGAGUUUUAAUAUAAUGGACCAUACAUUAAAGAUGAUUAAUCUUUGCAUUAAA